CAUAAAAUACGUUUUAGUGUGUAUGAAUCCCGCUAUAGUGCGCAUGUGUCUUUAACGCAGUAAAUAUAAUACGAAAAUUAACAGUAACAAUGCAAUUAUUUGCUUAAGUAAGGUCACUUAGAAGUGUUUUUAUUGUGUAUGUGAAUAGUAUUAAUCAUAUAAGUGUUUUAUCUGUAAUGUAAGUAAUAUAGUGGUUUGUGAUAUGAUAGUAAGUUUAAACUACAACACAAGGAAAAUAACAGUCGCUUUGAUUCGAAGAAAAAAGGAUAAAAUAGAGAGUAGCUGCAGCCCGCGGGGCCACUUGCAUAGUACCCGGGACAUGUAUCGUCAACUUCUGCUUUUAACUACACUGGUGGUGGUCGGUGAGGCAUAUAAAGUCCUGGUUGUGUUCCCCUUUCCAUCCAGGAGCCACUCCAUCUUGGGGGAUGGAGUGGUUAACGCACUGGCUAAGGCUGGACACCAGGUCACUUACAUAACUCCUUUUCCAAAGGCGAAAACAGCAUCUAACAUCAGAGAACUAGAUGUCAGCACUAAUAAAGCUUUUAUCCCAGAUGAUACUCGCGAUCACUUGGAGAGCCACCUGAACAAUACUCGACUUGAUCUUAAAUUAGCGACAUUUGUUACAACGCUGUCAAAAAUGUUCGCAAAUACAAUUGAAACUAAAGCAGUUCAAAAGCUAAUUAAUGAUCCAAAUGAGAAAUUUGAUGUUAUUAUCAUAGAAUGGUUGUUUUUCGAGUUGUACGCUGGCUUAUCAGCAGUAUUCAACUGUCCUUUCAUUUGGGUUUCCCCCGUCGACCCUCACUGGAAGAUGUUAGCGUUGGUUGAUGAUGUUGCAAACCCCGCUUAUACUCCAGAUAUAUUAUCCGAUAUUUUACCACCAUUUUCAUUCGUACAGCGAGUCAAGGAGUUGGGAUUGCAAAUCUUUGGAUUAGGACUGCAAUACUUCGUCAUCUAUCCUAUUCUAUUAGAAGACUACAACAGAAUCCUCGUACCAGUAAUACAGAAGCGCGGUCUCCCAGUACCUCCUCUACAGGAUUUAAUAUACAACGCGUCUCUAGUACUUAGUAAUUCCCACCCUUCAGUUGGAAAGACUACAAGUCUACCUCAAAACUACAUACCAGUUGGCGGAUAUCACAUUGGACGUGAAGUUAAGCCUUUACCAGAGAAUUUGAAGAAACUACUGGACAAUUCAAAGGAUGGCCUUAUCUUCUUCAGUUUGGGUAGUAACAUAAAAAGUAAAUAUUUACCAGACCAACUGAAACAGAGUCUUUUGAAAAUGUUCGGUGGCCUGAAGCAGACGGUGCUGUGGAAGUUUGAAGAAGAUCUCCCAGGCACUCCGCCCAAUGUUCAUAUAGUACAAUGGGCACCACAACAUAGCAUAUUAGCACAUCCAAACUGUAUCAUAUUUUUAACUCACGGAGGCCUACUUUCUACAACUGAAGCUAUCCACUUUGGAAAACCUAUUAUUGCAAUACCGGUAUUCGCUGAUCAGUUCACCAAUGCUAAGAGAGCGGUGCAAAAGGGUUUCGGUAUUUACCUAAAACUUACGUAUAAUUUAGCUGAUGAUAUCAAGGCUGCUGUCCAAGAGAUGCUAAGUAAUCCUAGGUAUAGCUUAAAAGCCAAAGAACUCUCUGUUAUCUACCAUCACAGACCACUGACUCCUGACAAGGAACUGGUGCACUGGGUAGAACACGUGGUGAAGACCGGUGGGGCGCCCCAUUUAAGAUCAUUAGCUCUAAUGGUACCUUGGUAUCAGAAACUAUACCUGGAUCUCUUAGCUGUUAUAGUUAUAUUGAUUUAUGCUAUUGUCUUUGCUAUUAAAAAAGUCAUAUCCUACUUCAGAAAAAACAAAACCAAAUCAAAGAGAAAAACAAAAUGAUUGAAGUGUAAUUACAGUGAGAGAAUAAGAAAUAAUUA